AUGGGUUACCCUUACUACUCUCCACCACCACCUUCACCUACUCUACCAUGCCCUCCACGACCACCACCUCCUCCUCCGCCAGUACACCCUUCGGAGCCAUACCCACCAAAAGCUUCACCACCAAAGCCGUACCCACCAAAAGCAUCGCCACCAAAGCCUAGCCAACCUCCAGUACACCCUCCGAAGCCAUACCCACCAAAAGCAUACCCGCCAAAAGCAUCACCGCCAAAGACUGGUAGUCAACCUCCUGUAGUGCAAACCCCAAAGCCAUACCCUCCCAAAUCAUCACCACCAAAAGGCAGUCACCCACCAAACACGGCGCCACCAAAACCCGCAUACCCACCAAAACCACCAAAGGGCGCGACACCACCUGCAUUCCCUCCUGGUUAUUACGGUCCACCGACUUAUUACGGCAGCCCUCCUCCUCCUAAUGCGGUACCACCCUCAUUCGAAAUCGUUGCACCGCCUCCGGGGAAAAACCACACCACCGUUAUCGCGGUGUGCGUUUCCCUGGGUGGUGCAUUCUUCCUUGCAUUCCUCUUGGUCGGUCUCUUUUGUUUUGCUAAGAAGAAAAAGAAGAAAGUGAUGAUUCCCGCACCUGUUCCUUGUGUUGAGGAAGAAGAAGAACAUGUCCAAGUUGCGGUAGUUAGAGGAGGACGAUAUGGUGCUGAGCCAACUCCAGUCGAAGUUCCCGUAGAGCAACAUGGAUAUGGUGGUGGUGGUGGUGCAGCUGACAUCAGACCUUCUUAUGCUCCUCCUGGUCAUCAUCCAAGUUACUAA